GAUGAGGCCUAUUUUUGUUGGGAACUUUGAGUUUGAUACUCGCCAAUCAGAACUGGAACGAUUUUUCUCAAAGUAUGGAAGAAUAGAGCGAGUCGACAUGAAAUCUGGUGUUGUACGUUAUUCAAUUUCUAAAGGAGAUAGAACUUUGAUUUAGCUGAUGUAUACUCUACCGAAAAGACUUCAGAUCCCCAUACCUUACUGUUCUUUCGGCCUUAUAAUGAAGUCUUUACAACUAGGGUACGCUUUUGUCUACUUUGAGGAUGAGCGAGAUGCAGCAGAUGCAAUCCGUGGGACUGACAACAUGCCAUUUGGCUAUGAAAGGCGCCGUCUGUCAGUGGAAUGGGCAAAGGGUGAACGUGGUAGGCAUCGUGAUGGCCCCAAGUCUGGUGGAAAUCAGAGACCAACCAAAACGUUGUUUGUCAUAAACUUUGACCCUAUUCGUACUAGAGUCCGAGACAUAGAAAAACACUUUGAACCUCAUGGCAAAGUCCUUCAUGUUCGCAUACGUCGCAAUUUUGCAUUUGUGCAGUUUGAAAAUCAGGAAGAAGCCACAAGAGCUUUGGAGUGUACACACAUGAGUAAGGUCCUGGAUAGAGUGGUUUCUGUGGAGUAUGCAUUGAAGGAUGACGAUGAGAGGGGGGACAAAUAUAACAGCCCUAAACGAGACUAUGGCAGGCAAAGGGAUAGUAGUCCUUAUCGGAGGUCACCAAGCCCAAUAUAUCGCAGGAACCGACCAAGUCCUGAUUAUGGCCGACCUCGCAAUCCUGUUCAUAAUGGUCCAUCGUAUGACAGAUACAGGAGUCCACAGUAUGGAAGUUAUCGCAGCAGGUCUCCUGUCCGGAGGUCUUGAACUUGAGUGAGUCGGCUCUUUAUCUGGGAGAGCUUGUGCUGUCAUAAUGUAAAUGCUUGAUGCAGUCUGCUUGUGUAGGAGAAGAUCUAUCUUUUAUUGGUGUAAUUGAUUAGCUGUUGCGUUUUGUUGCUUUAACUUUGUGGAUUUAGCUGUCAGAGAACAGUGUGUAGUAGUAGUAACUUACGGCUCAUAGAUAGAUUUGGUGACUUUUGCUUAAGUACAUUGCUGCAUUUGCUCUAUUGUUUUUAUGUCGCAUUGAAUGUGUUACUUAGUCAACUUGUAGCUAAAUGAAUUGCCUGCAUACCACUUAAGUUGUAAGC